AUGGCAGUGAACAGAUAUUACAGAAUCGUCAAACCGACAAAGUACCGCCACUACUUCACAAAGAAGAAAACCCUUAUCAUGAUACUUGUGACAUGGUUCUAUUCUAUUUGCGCUCCACUAAUUUACGUGCUACUUGGGAACAAAAUGGUCUUUCAUCCUUCAAAGUUCUUAUGUUUCAUGUCAAUCAAAAACAGUGCAUUUAUGGCCUAUGGUAUUCCGCUUUACGUAGGGAUUCCAAUCUGUGUUAUAAUCUACUGCUACUUUAGAAUCUUUACAACAGUUCGCCACCACAAUAGCAAUUUUCAUCACCCUGGCAAUCCAAUAAGCACGGUAAACGUGGAAGAAGUUAAGGUGGCUCGCACCAUACUUGUUAUAGUGGUGUUUUUUAAUCUGUGCUGGAUUCCAAUCUUAACAAUUGACUUUUUGGACACGAUUUUUCAAAGAUGGAUCUUCCCUCCCGAGGCUUAUAUCGCAUAUACGUUUUUGGCGACUAUAAGCAGCGCUUUGAAUCCCUUCAUUUAUGGCGUGCUCAACAAGAGUUUUCGCAAGAAUUAUCUGAAUGUACUACGUUGCAGAUGCUGCCGUUCUCAAGCUGUCGUAGAGCCAUUGGCUCUGCGAGUGAGAGCAAGUGUUGUCGCCAUGGGACCAUUACCUUAA